AUGGAUAACUAUGAAGUAAUUCGAACACUGGGCGAAGGAUCAUUUGGUCGUGUUUACAAAUCAAAGCAGUUAUCUACAGGCCACUUUGUUGCUCUCAAAGUGAUAAGCAAAAGAGGAAGAUCUGCCAAAGAACUAAAAGGAUUUCGAAGAGAAUGCGAAAUUCAAAGGCAUUUGCAUCACCCAAACAUCAUACAGAUGUUGGACUCAUUUGAAACAGAGAACGAGAUAGUUGUUAUCACUGAAUUUGCUCACAUGACACUAACAAUGGAAUUUGCUAAAAUGGGUUAUUUGCCUGAAGAACGUGUCCAACAGAUAGUUUUUGACUUGGUAUCUGCUUUGUUCUAUUUGCAUUCAAAUAGAAUUUUACACAGAGAUCUGAAGCCUCAAAAUAUUUUGUUGGAUGUUAACAAUAGAGCUAAAUUAUGUGAUUUUGGUUUUGCAAGAAAUAUGAGUACUGGAACACAUGUUUUGACUUCAAUAAAAGGUACACCUUUAUACAUGGCACCAGAGCUCAUUGAUGAACAGCCUUAUGACUAUAAUGCAGAUCUUUGGUCUCUAGGCUGCAUAAUGUAUGAAUUGUUGAUGGGAUCACCUCCAUUUUCCACCAAAUCAAUUUUAAAACUGAUAAGACUGAUUAGACAUGAACAAAUAACAUGGCCCACAUUUUCCUCAGAAAGCUGCAUUUGCUUUUUGAAGGGGCUUCUACAAAAAAAUCCUUCUAAGAGGAUGACCUGGGAUGAAAUCCUGAAUCACCAGUUUGUGAAAGGCCAUAUACUUAUUUCAAAAAAUUCUGCUUGUGCACCCUUAACAAAACCCCUAUCUCCAACCACAUUCCAAGCUAAGGAACAACAAAGAAAGGAGAGCAUAAAAAAUAGACAUAGGACAUUGUCCACCAAAAGUACAGACAUUCCAGAACAACCAUCUAUUCAGACAAAAUCGAACUCGUCAAAAAUAAGCAAAACGUCACAUAACUCCUCUACUGACGAAACGAUUAAAAAAUCAAUUAUUCAGGACACCAAGAAUAAUAAUAUAGUAGAAGGAUCACUCCCCAUUUGCGAAGAAAGUGAGAAAGAAAAUCUGAACAAUCCUCCUGAUUUGAAGGGAUCUGAUAACCCUCAAAAGUUGGAUGUCACAAAUACUCUACAAAAACUGACUAUCACAUCACAGGACUCAAAGAAAACUGUUGGAGAUAGUUUGGAUCAUAGCUUUACUAAGGUGAUGGGUGGAAACACUUCCAGAGUGGAUGAUGCUAGUAAGACCAUCGGAUUUAUCGAAGAUAACCAACCUAUUGAGACUGAAGAGUGGAUUGUGUUUCUACAACGUACCAUUCAGGAAGUCAUAAAUGGUGAACUAGGAUCGCUCAUGCAAUCUGGCCAGACCAACGUGUUGGUAUCUCCUUUGAGAAACCCCAAUGCCAGUUCAAAAGUAUUAAGUUUUGUGGCCAGAUUGCUAUCUAUACCGUUCGUGGUUAAAGGUGUUUCAGAAGAAUCUCUACAACAAGUCAGGAAGGUAUACCUGGAAGUGAAGUUGGUGCCGAAUUUGGUGUACGCGACCAAGCUGCUCUUCCGCGUGAAUCGUGGAGGAACCCCCUCCGAAUCACCUUCCCCCGCCAACUCCCCUUCCCCCAAUUGCCCCUAUACUUGUAGGUCCCUCUCGGAGUUGAACGCCGAAGACAUGCAGACCUUGGAGUAUAUUUUCCUACUCAUUUCGCAUUUGGUCCAUCUGGACGAUGACUUUCUGAUGCAGUUCUGUGAUGCGGUGGUGGUUCUGUCUGUUUACCACUUGUUGAACACGUUUUUGUGCAUGAUUUCCAAAUAUAAAGUGAGAAUUGUCGCAGACAUUUUGGCAAUAAUGACACAGAUCUUGAGGAAAUUACCGGAAAAUAGUGAAGUGGUGGAAAAUAUCCUGGUUACUCCGUCAUCCGACAAUCAGGAAGUAUGCCGAAUAAACUUCGUCGAUUUACUCCGACAUUCCGACUCGUUAUUGAGAGAAAGGAGUUGUUAUGUCCUACUGUUGAUGAACAAGAAUCUCGGAGAAAACUUCCUCAAAAUGUUCUGGAAUAGCGACGUGAGAGACACACUAGAAGCACUCGUUUAUGACUCGAUUGAAACAGUUCGAAAUGCCGCUGAAUUGACUGUUAUGGAGUUGAAAAACAAAGAUUAUUACACUGAUAUAAAGUGA